AUGCUAGCAAAUAAAAAUUAAAGACCUUCAGGUUAUAACUAGUCUGCUAUAAAUUCUUAUUUAUAACCCUAUUAGCAGUACACUUCUGCUAAUCAAAACAACCUAAGCUCUUAAUUACAAUAAAAAGAUAAUAAUAGAGGAAGUCUCUAAAAGGCGAUAUCUCCAACAAGAAAUUCAACACACAAACAGUAUUCUUCUUUUAAGUAGAAUUAGAAGAAUUAAAGUCAUAAUAGUUUCAAGGAAGAUACUAGUGUAAACAGUAAAAUUGGUACUUCGUCUUCUUUAUUAAAAAAUGGAAAUGGGAUCAUAGGAGGCGGUUAAUAUGAUGUAAAUAAAUCUAAAGGUGAAAAUUCUUUAUCACCGUGCAUAAAAUCUACAAAUUUAUAAAAGAAUGGGUUAUUAUCACCAUAAUUAAUGAAAUAGUCAACAUAAAAUUUAUCUUAUUUGAUAAAUAAAAACAAGGAAUCUAAAUCAACAGAACCAUAAACAAGUUAAAGCUACUUAAAAGACACUCAAUAAAAAUAAAUUCAAAAAAUAGAUCACAGUAACAUGUACCAAACACCUUAAUCAUUAUCUAAAACUAAUAUUUAAUCUGGAAAUAAUGAAAUCGGAUUACAAUCUUAAUAAUAAUACACUCAAUCAUAGAACUAAGCUUCUAUCUAUAAAAAUACUUAAAAUUCACCCAAUACUACCUAUGGUAAUAUUGUUAACAAUAAUCUUUAGACUCCAUCAAAUUAUAAUAAGAAUAUUUGCACAAUAAAUCUGUGUGACAAACAAGAUUUAUUUUAAAAUAUAAAUUUAGCAUGCAAUACGAACAAUAAAAGCAUAAAUGAUAUCAAUAAUAAGUUAGAAUUGAGUUCAAAUAAUCCUUAAAGAUCUCCUUCUACUUAUUAAUAAAGUAAUAGUAAUAAUAAUUAAAGUAGCAACAAAAUUCUGAUUCAGCCUAUAUCAAAAUAAUCUUCAGCAAUUAAUACAGAGAAUGGUUUGCUAAAAUCAAAUUAAUUACAGUAAAUGUAGUCUUCAAAGAAUUAUUUUGGUUAUUUAAGAAGUGGAUCUCAAUAAUAACAGAAUUAAAGUUCUGUAAGAAAUGUUUUGUAAUAGCAAUAAAGUAAUAGCUCUGAUGCUAAAUUUAAUUUACAAUAAAAAACUAAAUACAUUGAUUUAUAAUCAACUAUUUAAUCAAAAAAAUAAGGCUCUCAAUUAUAAUAUUAGCAUCAAUAAUUAACUUAGCAAUAACAAAUACAGUAGAUAUAAUCAUACUUAAAUUAAUCAAACAAAACUGAUCAAUCGUCUUAGAACCCUUUUAAUAACAUGUCUAACAAUUCUAUACUUUUAUCAAAAAGUUCUUAAAAUGGGUUUGGUAGUAUUGUAAGUAAUUAACAUAAUAUAAUUACAAGUAGCCAAGAAAGUGACAAAGACCAUAAUAUAAAAAAGCUAAAUAAUCCACUAACCUCUAACUCGGUCACUUCAAGUAAAUCUAGUAUGAAUGCAAAUCCAAUAAGCUAUCUAUAGAAAUAAGAUUCUAAUCAUUAAAAAAGUGGAAUUUAAGUUCAGUUAACAGAAAGUAGAAGCUUAGAUUAAGUUUUUAGUGGAAGUGAUUCUCAAAAAAGACUCAACGUUACAUCAGUAAAUCAUGAACAGUAAUCACCAACAAUUGUACAACUGAAGUGCGAUAUGCAGUAAAAAUCUUCAUCUUUAAGCCCUUAUAGAGAAUCUAGAUAAUAAAUAAAUGUUUUAUAAGAAUGUGACUCUAACACAAAUUAGAUAUGUUAAGUCUGUAAAACUAAAAAAGCAAAUUACUAAAUUAAUAUAUCAGAUAUAUCAAAAUAGUAUUUCUGCUCUAAGUGCAGCAUAGAAUAAUCAAAAUUCAACUCUAAUUCAUCUAACCCAAUAACAAAUAAUUCUAUAAGUACAGGUAUAGGUGGUAGUGCAGCAGAAUCUUACUUAUCACCUCAAAAAAUAAAUAUUACUUCUACACCUAUCAAUUUAUAAACAAUAGAUCUCAGAACCGAUCUUAAUAAUCAUUCACCAGCAACAAGCUUAUAAAAUGAGUCUACCAAAAAAGGAUAGACAGACUAAUUGCAUCAAUUCUAAAAUUUUGCUAAUAUAAAGACAACAAAUUAUAUAAAUUAAGUAAUACCACUAGAAUAAAAAUCUUCUGAAUUUUAAAUCCCAUAAUCUUCUCAAUAUAUAAAUAGUAAAAUAGAUAUUAAAUAGAUUGCAGAUAUACCUUCAUAUACUCCUUUAAAAGCUAUAAAUGCAAAUAAUUAAGUAAAUUAAAAGCAAAUUACAAAUAAUGAUUAAAUUUCAUAGUAAUUAUAAAAGCCUAAUCAAUAAAUUUUAUAAUAAUCCAACACUCAUAACUUAAAUUAGCCAAUAUUAAAUGGUUAUACUUAAGACUUUUAAAGUAGUAAUUAAUAACCUAUUUCUUAAGCUCUCAGUGAAUUUAAAUCUUAGAUUGCACAAACAUUUGACACUGUUUAAUCUUUAACUUCAUAAAAUAGUAAUUUUUCGUUAUAAGAUGUACAAAAUAAUUAAAACCCUUAAGUUAACAAUAAUUAAAAUGUUUUAUUUGAUAAGCAGAGUUAAGUCUCAAAUAAUUAUUAAUCAAAUGAGUUAAAUAAAUUUUAAUCUCCUAUUUAUCAAAUUAAUGACUUUAUGGGUGAAGAAGAAAAAAUAAAAAGAUAAAAGCUAAAUGAUUUUCAAGCCAAAUUAUUUAGAAUAAAAAAUGAUUUUGAUUAGUUAUAAAAACAAUUUUAUGAAAAAAACGAUUCGCUGAUAUAGGAAUAUCAUAAGAAUAUAGAAAGCGUUGAUUACAUUUAAAAGUCUCUUGUCAAUGUCAUUGAAGAAGUUGCUUCACGAUAAAAAGAAGUUUUACUUAAUAAUUUCAACGAUAAUUUAGCAAAAUAUAAAAAUAGCAAGUUUGAGAUUUAAUAAAUAUUAAAUUACCUGAAUUGUACUGAGAAUGACUUGAUGAGCAAUUUUGAUUCUAUAUUAAGAGAUAUGGAUAUUGAUAGUUUAGAUGAUAUUAUUGGCCAAUAUAAUUUGAUAAUUUAGUAGUAUGAAGAAUCAAGAACAAAAAAGUUUUUAAGUUAGUUGUUCGUAGUUUAGCAAUUAAAAUAUGCAAACGAUGGCAAUUAAUUGGCUUCAGUUUCAUAAAAGAUGCAAGAUGUAGUAAACCAUUUGUUAACAAUUAUUUCCUACACUCAAAACAUAUAGAAAAGCUAGGUUAGUUCAAACUAAACACUUUAUGGAACUACUGAACCUAACGCCAAAGUACAAUAGUUCUAAUUAUAAUAAAAUAGUUUUAUCAACUAACAACCUAAAUCCAUUUAUGUAAGCUUCGAAAAUAGAGAUAUUUUUUAAAGCGCUGCUCAUAGUACAACUGACCAGCACCAUCCUGAAACAUAACCUCAAUCUCCUUCCUUUAAAGCAACUUUAUCUCAAUAAAAUUAAUUAAAUAUGCAUCAAUCAUAAUAAAAUGGAUUUUAAUUUUUAACAUUUAAGGAAAUUAUCAACAAUGAAGAAUAGAAUUAGUAAAAUAACAAAAUUUAAAAUUAAAUGCAGUCAAGUCAAUAAAACUAAUAAAAUAAUAACUUAGUUGUAAGUAAGCAUUUUUACUCUAGCAAUGGAGAUAUUAUUUAAAGAUCUUCAUUUGGAAGCGAAAAUAAUAAAUAAGAAUAAAGUGACUCUCCUUUAUCUACAAAACCACAACUAAUUCCAAAUAAUUAUUCUACAUAUUAAAGUUCCCCAAAACAAGUCUUGCUAACAAUGGAAGAUGAGGAUUCUAGCAAAAAAGGAAAUUAUUACUCUAAUUUGAAUAUGAGUAAUCAAGGUAUUGGUGGAAUUGCAGCUUAACAGUCAUUACAGCUUAAUUAAAAUAUUACACAAAAUAUUCAUUUAUACAAUAAUUAAAUUCCAAGUUAUUAAAAUAACAGUCAAAUUUAAAAUGCAUAAUAAAUAAAUUCAACAAGCUAAGCUACUAACUUGUAAUAAUAUGAUGCAGAAAUCAAAAAGUUAGAGGAUUUAAGAAUAAGCAAUUAAAAGUUAUAAUUAGAUGGAUUAGAAAUAAAUUCUAUGACCUCUCCAACAAAUAAAAUUAUUUAUAGAAGUUAAGAAAAUCCUUUCAGUAAAAUUAACACUCUUGUAAAGAAUUACAAUAAUGAAGCUAUUAAUUUAAGCUCUAACUCUUAAAAUUAUGGGCUAUAAAGUGAAAAUCAAUCAAUAGAUUAUAUAUUUAAUUAAUCAACUACCACCAGCGCUUCUAAUAACAAUACAAGUAACCAUAAUCACAGUCUUUUAUUUAAAAACAAAUAAAAAUAUAAUGACCUUCUGUAAAAAAUUCAAGUUAAUUAAUCAUAAACAGAAAAGCUUUGCACUGAUGUUCUUAGCUCUGGAUAAAAUUUUAAAUUUUCGCAGUAAGAAGAAAAUCAAAAUAAUCCUAAUCCUCAACUAAGUUAAUCGAUUUAAUCAGGUUUCCCUAAAAAAUGA